AUGGCAGCUUCUGAGGCACUAAGGAUACAUUACUGAGGGGACUUGUGUUCAUAUUUCAUCAAGACGAGGAGAUAGCGACUUCAGGGGAAGGAGAAGCGAUUUCCUAACAGCUCAGAAUUGGCCAACAGAAACCAGAGAUUUUAUGGAUCAAGAAAGCCAUUUGCAUUCAGGGGAAGUUAUAGAACCAUCGGUCCUCAUCAGUCGGACACUGCUGAGGGUCCAGGAUGCUGUCGCCAUGGCGAUGGCACGGGCCCGUCAGAGAGUCGUACAGGCCUUCACAGUGUCCUCUAUUGUCUUUCUGCUCCUCUGUCUCGCCGCCUUUUUAUAUGGGAGCUUCUACUACUCCUACAUGCCCAAGGCGACUUUUUCUGCACCUGUGCACUAUUACUACAGGACAGACUGUAAAUCUCCAGCAUCUUUUUUGUGUUCCUAUCCUCUGGCCAACAUCUCCCUGAUGAGAAACAAGAAGCAUGCACUGACAUUCGGCCAGGCCUAUCGGAUCUCUCUGCAGCUGGAGGUGCCUGAUUCUCCAGCCAAUCAGGACAUGGGGAUGUUCAUGAUCAAGACAACCUGUUUCUCUCAGGAUGGAGGGCAGGUUGCCUCCUCUGCUCGCUCUACGAGACAACUGCUGUCGGCCUCCAGCUCUCGCUUUAGCAUGCUGCGAUACAGAUCAGACCUGCUGAGGACUCUGGGAACGCUGUUGUUCCUGCCGGCCUUCCUGAGCGGAGUAGUCGAGCAGAAACAAGUGCUGGAUGUGGAGCUUUUCUCAGACUACACUGAAGACCCAUAUUCUCCCUCGGCCACGGCUGUUGUCGAGAUUCUGUCCAACAAGAUGCAGAUCUACUCGUCUCAGCUGAACGUUCACGCUCAUUUCACUGGCAUUAGAUACUUCCUCUUCUACUUCCCUGUCUUUUCAGCUCUGAUUGGUGUGUCCAGUAACUUUGUCUUCCUCAGCAUCCUCUUCAUCCUCAGCUACAUGAGGUUGCUGUUGAGGGCAGACAAGGGCAGGACAGGCGGACUGCUGUUCAACAUAGAGGAGAACACAAACAGCAAGCAAGAGGAUGAAAAAGAUGUCCCUGCGGGUACCGCAGAGCUGCUGGGUCCCUGCCAGAUAAACCCUACAGAUCUAAGUCCAGAGGAACCCCAUUUGCCCUUUGGCAACGGCACAGAGCUGCAGGAUGGUAAUAAACUUGGUCAGGGUGAAAUAAAAGAAUCAGAGGCAGCCUGAGGUUAUUAAUGAAGGAAGGUGAGAAAGUGUGAUAUUUAAUCCUGAUGGUGAGAUGUAGAUUUAAGACUGAUAUGUGGUGGAAAAUGUCUCAGAAAAAAUACAACCUGUCCUCUGCACGCUGCCUUAUAACUGUUAUUAUUAUUUUAGCUUUGGACCCUUUAACUGACGUGUCUGAACCCUCAUCUCUUGAUAAAAAUCUUUCAUUUCCGGUGUCUUUUUAUUACUUUGCAUCAAUGGUUAUGGUUUUGUGCUUACUGUUGUAGAGAGAAACUCCUUAAGACAUUCUGAAAUAUAUAAACACUUGAAUAAAUGCUGGAAAAAUAUUAAAUGUAAGAUAUUAAAUGGUAUUUUAUUCCGAUGCAGUUGAAGAAAAAGAGUUAAUGUUUAAAUUUAAGUAAAAAUCUUAAAAAAGUAAAAAAGCUCUGUGUUCAAAAUACAGAGGUGUGACCAGCGCCACAGCGCAUACUCUAAUUUAUAAAGAUGCAUUGUAAAAUGUUAAUGGUGUAUAAACCAUAAUCUGGAAAUGAACGUAACAGCAGCUGCCAAAUCAAUGCAGCCAAAUACAACCUAUAAUAUUUCUCUGCAGUACCCUUCCCUUGUAGCACUAAGAAGCAUAAAAUGUAAACACCCAAGUAAAGUACAAGUACCUAAAAACUGUAAAAAGUUCUGUUGCUGUGCUUCUUUUCACUGUAACAGAUUUUAUUGUAGGUAUUUUUUCUCAUUCCAGUAGGGUUUUUUUUCCAAAAUAGUUUCUCCAAAGUUUUAUUUUUAUUUCUAACAAUGCCAUUUUCCCCAGACACCCAUUUGAGUUCAUAGCACUUUUUUUUUUUUUUUUUUUUUUUACUAGCAUUAAUUUGGUCUGAAUGAGUGAACUGCCACUCUGUGUCAGAUUUGUUUGUCUUGAUUAACAGAGAAAGACUUUGUGUUGAAACAUGGUGUUAUUAAAUGAAACACAGGCGUCAUUUGUGUUGUAAAAGUGAAAACUAUAAGACUUACAUAAAAGCAAAUAUCAUGGUGGGACAACAGUGUGAGGGGAUACAAUAGCAUUUAAUUGUUUUGUGUAGUUUCAUGUGCAUUUGUUUCAAAAUGACUAAUUUACUUAUUAAUGUAACACUUUGGGUCUUCAUAGCGUGCACUAAUAUUUACUAAAAUGCUUUCACAGACUGACUCCUCCUGUUUACUAUAAAAUAUAAGAUUGUGAAGCAGGCUGAAAUGUCACUUUAAAAUGUUGUCAACCCUUUUGUUAUUUGACCGCAAUGUAAAACUAUGAUUAAAACAUCAUGAGGCA